AAGGAGAUACGCCUUCCAAAAGCUUCCCUUCAGCUUAAUUUUGCAACUGUUGGAGAGSGAAGGGGAGAACGAUGCUGGCAAUGCCCAAGGCAGGCAAGCAGGCASGCAGCCUUCUGGAUCACUCUUUUCUUUAAAUGCCUUUAAGAACAACAAAACAGCAGCAAAGAUCAGAGUUUGCAAAGGAAGAGAAAGGAGUGGUUGCUGUUAGGGGGAGGGAAGCUGGUGAAGKAGGAAAGGAAAGGGGGGGGGGUGGGUUAAGAAAUUGGCAGGCAACRGAGAACGGUGCCUUACAUCAGUCUAACAGUCAGCAUCCCGAUGUUCUUUCCUCUUCCCUCCUCCAGACCACCCAAAGCCCUAUAAAUAAUCGACUCUCCUCGUUGCCUCUUCAGACUCCUUCCUUCCAGCGAGGAAGCCUGUUGAAUUGGCAAAGGGUUGGAGAGGCAGAGGGCAGAAGGAGGCUGAAGAAAGAAGCAGGGUUGAGGAAGAAGGAGAAGAAGACAAGGUAGCCGAGAUGGCCAGCGAAUUCAAGAAGAAGAUGUUCUGGCGGGCCGUGGUGGCCGAGUUCUUCGCCAUGAGCCUCUUCAUCUUCAUCAGCAUCGGGGCAGCCUUGGGGUUCCAGUUCCCCGUGUCGGAGAACAAGACCACCACGCCGGUGCAGGACAACGUGAAGGUCUCCUUGGCCUUCGGGAUCUCCAUCGCCACCAUGGCCCAGAGCGUGGGCCACAUCAGCGGAGCCCACUUGAACCCGGCUGUCACCUUGGGCCUCCUGCUCAGUUGUCAGAUCAGCAUCUUGCGGGCCGUCAUGUACAUUAUUGCCCAGUGCCUCGGAGCCGUGGUGGCCACCGCCAUUCUUUCGGGCAUCACUUCAUCGCUGCCAGGCAACUCCCUUGGGCUCAACCAGCUGGCGGAAGGAAUUAAUUCAGGACAAGGCCUUGGCAUUGAGAUCAUUGCCACCCUACAACUGGUUCUCUGUGUUUUGGCCACAACGGACAGGAGGAGGACCGACGUCUCCGGAUCGGCCCCACUGGCCAUUGGACUUUCUGUAGCCCUGGGGCAUCUUCUUGCAAUUGACUACACCGGCUGUGGAAUUAACCCUGCCAGAUCUUUUGGAUCAGCUGUGGUCACUGGCAAGUUCGGCCAACACUGGAUCUUCUGGGUUGGUCCAUUACUUGGUGGAGCCAGUGCUGCCCUCAUCUACGACUUCAUCCUGGCUCCCAGGAGCAGCGAUGUCACCGACCGGAUGAAAGUCUGGACCAGCGGCCAGAUAAGCACAGAAGGAUAAUGUCCCUGUGAGCGGCCUAAUUGGAGUCGGAAAUGAGUAUUGAGCCGAGGAGCCGGUGGAGAAAAGGUCUUGAGUUUCAAUCUGAGGUCCAAAUUCUAUAAAAGAAAAAGACCAUGGAAACAUCUUCGUACUUCAGUACUUAUCCCGCGCAAAAUUUGCAUGUGGUGGUUUUGUACAAAACUCAGCAUUUUCUGCAUACUGGACAAUGUUUUCUGUAGGGAAUAUGAUAUUUCAAUGCAGAAUUAUUACUUCCAAUUUUUUUGUAAUUGAAGACUUAUUCUGCACAAAAUUCAGCACACAAAUUAGUUCUCCAAGUUCUUCUCCUGAUCCAAUUAACUUCUUCCUCGGCUACAAUUUAAACCAAUUUAAAAUAGUAGCUGAUAAAACGAUGAUUAGUAGUCAUUAAAAUGGUUGAUAAAAAGUAAAAACAGACCAAGAAGUUUCUUUACGCAGCCCCUAUUGGCGCCAUAUCGGAUCCAACACAAAAUUCGGAAAUGUUUAAUUUGCACAGAAAACAUUAUUUUAUAUACUGAAAUGAACAUUUCUGCACUGAAAUAUUAUUCUUCAAGCAGAAAAAGGCUGUUUUCCUGUGCAGAAAAUGCUGCUUUCUAUGCAAAAUAGCCACAUGUGAAUUGUGUGCAGAAUAAAUCCCAAGUUGCAAAUAGCCUUAGAAUAUUAUGUGGUUAGCAUAGACAUUCUUGCAGCUGGAAGGAAAUUGCUGAAAUUGUCCACUGCCAGCUUCAAGAAGAAAUUAAGGAUGCAUCUGCAUUGCAGAAUGAAGGCUUUUAAUUUUCUGGAGUAUAAAUAUGAGGGUUGAAUGAAAAGUAAUGCCUCCACCUUCGUUACUUGAGUUUGGAUGGGAAUAUUUUAAUAAAUCAAACGCAGAAAUAAUCCUAGGAAUGUGCUCUUUAACUACCACUAUUCACUUUUCCACAUAAUCACCAGACAAUUGGAUACAUUUCUGCCAACAUGAACAAGUUUUUUGAAGCAGACACUAAAGAAGUCAACACUCUUUUCCCGCAACCAGCGUCUCACAGUUCUCUCAAUGUCUUCAUCAGAAACAUAAUGGUGUUCAUUAUCAGGAACAGAUGGAAAUCAGAUGGUGCUAAAUCUGGACUUUAUGGAGGAUGUCAUAUGGUGGUGAGAUCCAGUCUCUGAAGUUUCCGAUAGCCAAGCAAAGCAAGAAUGUGACCACACAUUCUUGUGAAAUGCCGAUUAAGCUUGAAAUUUAUCUCUGAGCGAUAUGUUGAUUGUCCUGAAUCAAUCUGUCAACCUGGUUGCUGUCACAGGACGUCCAACUCUUUGUUUGUCACGCAAGUCAGAUGUCACAUGUUCCCACCUCAACAUCUUUAAACUUACUCAUCCAACGACGCACAGUACUCACAUCAACACAAAUCACCAUAAACAGUUUGCAUUUUCUGAUGGAAUGACACCUUCCACUGUCAGAAAUUCAAUGACUGCAUGCUGCUUAAUAAUAUUAAUAUGAUAAACUUUAUUUGUACCCUGCUCCAUCUCCCCGAUGGGGACUCGGUGCGGCUUACAUGAGGCCAAGCCCAAAACAACAAUUACAUGAAAUAAAACAAAACCGAAAACGCAAGUAAUAAA